AUGUCGCGACUGACAAGAAAGGACAACGACAUCUUGCGCAAACAGGAAUGGCGCCUCUUGUUUGUCCCCGGCACCGGCACCUCAUCAGCAUCCUCAGCAGCAGCAGCACAGGGGUCUGCAUCCCAACCUAAUUCUCAAACCGGAAACACAGUUCCAGAAGACUACGCUUCGGACACCUUCCUCGUCAAGGCGUUCUUCUCGGAGACAGAAAAAUACUAUGUUGUCAUGCUCACCAAUCUCAAGCAGACCUGGUAUGAGAAGCUGGAGCACUAUGCUAUUCGGGAACGCUCCAAGCUCAUUCGCAGUUUUGCGUACGAGGAAGAUGCGCAGUUGGAGGCUCUGCUGUUGUCCCUGUCGACUGUCAUCGCAACCGCUCAUGACGCUCCAGCAUCAGCUUCAAAGACGUCCGUCACACCUUCAAAGCAGAUUCUUCAAGGGCGUCACGGCAAGCUGUAUAUGAUUGUGGGAUUCGAGUUCGGUUUGGCAACAAUGUACUGGAAGUUCAAGCUAUCGCCUAUGAUUGCGUCGACCUCUGAUGUGUCCCGUACCCUCGCCCUCAAGACUGCCGCCACGUUUUCUCAGUCACCACUAUUCCCGACCAAUCUAUCUCAAUUGAUUGACGACGUCAAUGAUGGUGGUUCAGGAUCAAAUGCGAAGGUGGACGCGAAUGGCGCGAACAAACGUGGACGGCGCACGUUUCUCGAGGACAGCGAGGACGAAUACGAUGACAAGCAGCCAUGGGAUUUUGCUCCAGAGGAUGAAGAUGGCGAGUUGGAUGAGGAUCAAAGGAAUGCGGAUGGAGUUUCUGUCCUAUUUGAUCACUUGGUCCUGCCGCUCAUCGCACUGAACAACGCAUAUCGGAAACAGGCCCGAACAUUGGAGGCUGUGAUCAAGAACAAGGAGAGUGAGGUUGUGGAGGCUUUGGAGAUGCUGGAACAACAUGGAAUCGGAUACCAUAACCGCAGGAGGGCUACUGAGCGAUUCGACAAGGCCCGUGUUGAAACCAAGCUUCAAGGGGAUGUCGAGCAUUUGGUGAUUCCUCAACUCGUGGCAAACCCAUCUCAGUCACUGCUGGAGAGGAACAUGGCCUCACAGGAAGCAGGAUCGUCGCAGUCCAGUCGGAGAAUUGCUGGUGGAGAGUCCAUGUCGCUCUUGAGGGAUGCUAUCAAAGAAGCAGAGGAACUGGAAAGAAGACGCGUAUUGCAAGAGCAAUUGGACAAGGAGAAAGCCGUGAAGGAACGGAGUCGCAAGAAGAAAAAGCUGUUCUAG